GGGGGUGGGUGGGGGGUGGGGAGUGACUCUGUGGGAAUAAAUCAAAACAAACAUGGGCCGUGAGGAGCGGCCGGAGCUCGUACCUGCCGAACUUCAGGGAGUGUGACACCCCGGGAGGAGGAGAACCGGAGCCGCGCUGCCUCCCGCAGCAGAUCCUUCUACAGAGGCGUGAUUUGUGCGGGUCUGGGCCAUGGCGGGCUGCUGGGGGUGGUGUCACCGCACCUGCGUGUGCUGUCUGUCCGAGGAGGAGAAGAAGAGCAUCGCUGUGGACAAAGAGAUCCGAAGAAUCCUCAAGCAGCAGAAGAAGAAGGAGAGCAGCCAGGUGAAAGUCCUCCUGCUGGGAACUGGAGAGAGUGGAAAAACCACCUUUCUGAGACAGAUGAGGAUCAUCCACGGACAAGGCUUCUCCGAAGAGGACAGGAAGGGAUUCGCCAAAUGUAUCUACCAGAACAUCUUCACUGCCAUCAAGGCGAUGACGGCAGCCAUGACCAUGCUCAAAAUCCCCUACUCGAACCCAGAAAAUGAGAUGUAUGCCAAGUGGGUGCAUGAAGUGGAGACGGCGCAGGUCACCCACAUGGAGCGCGGAUUCGUCGACGCCAUCAGGCGCCUCUGGGCAGACUCAGGGAUGAGGGUCUGUUACAGCCGCCGCUGCGAGUACCAGCUGCUGGACUCCACAGAGUACUAUAUGAGCAAUCUGGACCGCAUCUCAGCCCAGGACUACAUCCCCACCGAACAGGAUGUUCUACGAGUUCGAUUCCCCACCACGGGCAUCCAUGACUACUCCUUCACCAUCCAGAAUAUCACACUAAGGAUUGUGGAUGUUGGUGGUCAGAAGUCUGAACGUCGGAAGUGGAUCCACUGCUUUGAAAAUGUCACCUCGCUCAUUUUCCUGGCCUCCCUCAGUGAAUACGACCAGACGCUGGAGGAAAGGGAGAGAAUCAACCGCAUGGAGGAGAGUCUGGCUCUGUUCUAUACCACUAUCCAUUCUCCGUGGUUCCUCAAAACCUCCAUCAUUCUCUUCCUCAACAAGACUGACAUCCUGGCUGACAAGAUCCAAACUUCUGACCUGCAGAAAUACUUUCCCAGUUUCACAGGGAGGAGGCAAGACCCAGAGGAUGCCAAGAACUACAUCAAAAAGAUGUACGAGCAGCAGGCCAUCAACCGCGACAAGAAGAAAGCGUGGAAGACUCUGUACCCACACUUCACCUGUGCCACGGAUACCCACAACAUACGCACUGUCUUUAAGGACAUCAAGGACACCGUGCUGAUCAAGUCUCUGGAGGACUACGGAGUGAUCUGACCUUUUACCAGGCGGUGAGAUUCCAAAGACAGUUGUUUGAACGAUUUACUGGUAUGAGAGCAGACUCCAAAGAAGGCCAGAAUGUGAUUUUUUUUUUUUUUUUUUUUUUUUUUUUGUCACGGUAAAAAUUAAUUCCUUUCUAUAUGUGGACAGCCCAGACCUCUGGCCAUGUUGAACUCUUCCUACCUUUCCCUCUUCCUCAUGCUUUCCUGUCAGGUUUUAAUAAGGACCCCUCAUCAAUGAAGACUCACUCAGCCUUUCUCCCCCGCUUGUCUUAAUCUUUUUUGUUUUGUUUUGUUUUUUUUUGGAGAUUGAGAGUUCAGUUUGAAUCAGAGUUGAAGCAGCAGCAGAGAUACUAUAAAGUGCGACACUACCAUUAGCAGAAUGAUGACCGCUAUAAGUGGAGAUGUUGUGGGCCGUGUGAUGCAUGGCUACUGUCACAGGUGUGUGAAAUGCUUUAGGGGAACCUAAACCUCAUUGUUCCAAAAGAGAAGAAUACAACAUGAGAGAGGAUUUUAUUGAACAUCUUAAUAAUUUCAAGGUCAGUACAAGCAGUGAGUCACAAGGAAUGAAGACCUGGUCAGAAGGAAUGUCAUGUGGAUGAAAAUAGAGUUAAUGUUGUAAAAACUGAGAUAUUAGCCUUUAGAUAUGGUGGCCCUGAAGGGCAAACUUCAGAAAGUGAAAAUCAACAAGCAAAAAAAUAAAUAAAUAAAAUAAAGGUUCUACUGGAAAAGGUACCUUCUGUGAAGAGGAUGUGGAUGCUGAUUGGAUUGUUUUUCUGACAGGUGGGGAAACCGGAAGUUUACAUUUAAAUAUGGCACCGAAGAAAUGGUCAGGGCUUGUUUUACUGCAGUUCAUCCUUGUGAGACCGUCUCUGACACACUGUCGACUAAAAGCACCUGGCCUCCAACACGCUCCUCUUUCCUGGUGCUGAAUAAGAGCAGGUAACUUUUAGUGUAGGUGAGAAGGAGGAACAGAGCCUCUGUCCAGUCAGCAUCCAGACAACAGAACCUUUUCCGAUCAGACCAUCUCUUGUGUGCCUGUUAUUCUUUUUAGUGUGUGUGUGUGUGUGUGUGUGUGUGUGUGUGUGUGUGUGUGUGUGUGUGUGUGUGUGUGCAUUUUAUUUUAUUUUGUUUGUGUGAUUUUCUUUUUGUUGUCUUAUUUUUUC